AGUCGCUUUGGAACCGUUGUCUCGAUAAGUUCGGUUGAUGGAAGCAGUUGUGUGAUAAAUCUUUAUUAAGUGGAUUUAAAUUAUAUCUGAUAAGAAGUGAAAGAAACGUGACCUAGGAAAAUUAUUUUAAAAUGUAUAAGCAUCAGGACGUGACUGAUAUUCAGCAUCAAUAUUUUCGAAAACCUGAGCAACUUACUAGGAAAGAAGCUUUCAGACGAUUCUUAUGGAAUCCAAAGACUAGAGAAUGUUUCGGACGAACUGCAUCGUCAUGGGGCCACACCACAUCUCCGAUCGUAAAAGGCGAGAAAAAAGUAGUCGCAGAAUUAAGCAAUCUUGAAUUAAAUGUACGAUUUUUCUCAACUUUUAAAUUGCUUCUUCCUAUUUAA